AUGUCACCACCAACGAUCGCCAUCGUAGGCGCCGGCCCAGCAGGCCUCACCCUAGCCAAACUCCUCCAUUCCGCCGACACAAACCUUUCGGUCACUAUCUUCGAGCACUCCGCCUCAGCGAAAGCGCGUCACCAGCAAGGCGGCACCCUCGACUUACACCCAGAGUCUGGCCUCUUGGCCCUCAGGCGCAUGGGCUUGCACGAUGCCGCCAGGCCACAUCUGCGGUAUGAGGGCGAGGAGUUGGUGAUUGCGGAUUUGAACGGGUGUGAAUUGGUGCAUAUGAAGGACGCUCCACCUCCGGCAGAUGGGGAAAGGGAUGGGGGCAUGUAUACGCGGCCGGAGAUUGAUCGGGAGAGACUAGUAGAGGUGUUGUUGGAGGGUGUUGAGGAGGGGAAUGUGAGAUGGGGAAAGCAUCUUAAGCGUAUUGAUGGUGAGACGGGGAAGUUGGAGUUUGAGGAUGGGAGUGUGGAGGGGCCGUUUGAUCUGGUUGUCGGCGCGGAUGGAGCUUGGAGUAAAGUGAGGAGCGUGCUUUCGGAUGUGAUGCCGGGCUAUAGUGGGAUCUGUGGUAUCGAAGGGCAUAUCGACAACCCUAAAGAGUUUCCCAGAAUCGACAAGCUGGUUGGUAGAGGCAGCUUCUUCUCCUUCAGCUAUGGUCGAGCAUGUAUGGCGCAGCGGAUGGGUGACAAUAGUAUCAAGCUUGGUACCUGGCAGCGAAGACCUGAGACCUUCAUUGACGAGCUUGUGGGCGAGCAGGUUGAGCAGGAGCCAUUGCGAAAGAAGCUGCUGGAGGAGUAUCGCGACUGGUGUCCUGAGAUCAGGGAGCUUAUCGAAGUCGCCCACUGGAGGACGAAGUGGAAGCUAUACGAGUUGCCGGUGGGGCACAAGUGGGAGCAUAAAGCGAGCUACACUCUCAUUGGGGAUUCGGCUCAUUUAGCAACGCCAUUUGCUGGCAUGGGCGUCAAUGCAGCCAUGCUAGACGCUCUCGAGCUCUCAGACCAGAUCAUCACAGCUGUCAAAGCCGGCACGAGUCUCGACAGGGCGGUCGAGGUCUAUGAACAAGGCAUGUUUCCGCGCGGGAGGAAUGUACAGGAGCGAACUAUGCUGAACAAGACGAAUGGCUUCGCGGACGACGCGCCAUUGAUGUUUAUGUCGGGUAUGAUCGGCGUGGUGGCGAAGGAGUCGGGCUGGCCUAUUGAUCGGGGAUUGUUGUAUUGGAUUCCGAUCACGAGGACGGCGUACAGUUUCUUUUGGAUGAAGACCUCGUGGACGGCUUGUUCGAGACGGCUGAGGAGGGCGAUAUGGGGAGAAAAGUCAUUGAGAGCAUGA